AUGGGCUGUAUGAAUUCAAAACCCGCCGAGGCGGACCGGGAUGCGCUUCAACGGAAUGCUCGCAUCGAACGCACGCUCAAGAAUGACAAGAAAACCCUGGACCGGACAAUCAAAAUCCUCCUGCUCGGUGCCGGAGAAUCUGGGAAGUCAACUAUCAUUAAACAGAUGCGGAUUAUUCACAGUGGAGGCUUUCCCGACGAGGAGCGUCACCAAAAUCGGGCCGUCAUCUACUCAAAUAUUGUCAUUGCAUUCAAAGUCCUGUUGGAUAUCAUGAAAACCGAAAACAUAGAAUUUGAGCGUGAAAGCUGCAAGGUACACAACCCAUUUCCUUCCAGUCGGGUAUAUGAAGACAUUGGACUGAUAUUCCCCUUCAUAAAGCCGUUGUCGGCACUUUUAGAUCAAACCGAGCCAGACGUAGGUUCCGAUGAAGCCUUCUCUGACCUGAAAGUUCGUGAUGCAAUGAGAGAGAUGUGGCUCGAUGCAGGUGUCCAGAAGGCUGUUGCGCGGGGGCACGAGUUUGCCUUGCAUGACAACUUGAGCUACUUUUACGACUCUUUGGAUCGUAUCUUCACACCAGGGUGGCUUCCUGACAACCAGGAUAUGCUCCAAGCACGUCUCCGGACAACAGGUAUCACCGAAACUCUGUUUGAGCUUCGCCAAAUGAAUUUUCGGAUGAUGGAUGUCGGAGGACAGCGGUCGGAACGAAAGAAGUGGAUUCAUUGUUUCGAGGGCGUGCAGUGCUUGCUGUUUAUGGUGGCGCUCUCUGGGUACGAUCAAUGUCUGGUGGAAGAUCAGAACGCGAACCAAAUGCACGAAGCGAUGAUGCUCUUUGAAUCUCUUGUCAAUGGCGAGUGGUUUAAGCGUAAGCCUAUCAUUCUCUUCCUCAACAAGAUGGAUUUGUUCAAGGGAAAACUCGCCAUCUCCGCCAUCUCCAAGCACUUCCCAGAUUAUACUGGCGAUGACACCGAUUUCGAUGCUGCCGUCCGAUACUUCUCUGAUCGAUUCCGUGGCAUCAACCGAAUUCCCGAUCGAGAAAUCUAUAUCCAUCGCACCAAUGCUACCGACACCACUCUGCUGAAGGCUACUAUGGACUCGGUGCAGGAUAUGAUUAUCCAGAAGAACCUCCAUACCUUAAUACUAUAA